GUAGGAGUCCUAUGAGUACUUCCACUCGAGGGAUUCUAAGGCCAUGUUGUACAUUCUUGGAUUGGUUGACACAUCAAUCACUGACUCUGUGAAAGGCAUAAUCCCCGCCAAGGGAAUGAUGGAUAAGCUCAAGGAGAUUUUCAGUCAGACUGACAUGCACGAGCAUCAUAAGCUUGUUGGUCUUAUCCACAAUAUCAAGAUGACAGCAGGAACUCCAGUAAUCGAUCAUGUGAUGAAGAUUCAAAAUAUAUUCGAGAAACUGGAAUCCCUGGAUACUUCCUUCACUCUUAAAUAUAAGAGGAAUGUGAUUCUGAACUCUCUCCCCUCAACCUAUAGCUCGUUUAUCUGUAAUUUCAACAUGAAUAAACUAGAUGUUGAAUUGACUGAGCUAGGCAAUAUGUUGCAAAAGGCAGAGAAAGCUCAAAAGAAGGAAAAGGGUGAGGUCAGUGCUGCAGAAGUCAAGUCUUCAACUUCUAAAAACAAAUGGAAGAAGAAGAAGAAGGCCAACAAGAGUAAGACUCUUAAGGGCAAGAGUGGGAAGAUACAGAAGAAGAAAGAAGAACCUAAGGGUACAUACUUCUUUUGUAAGAAAGAGGGCCACUGGAAGAGGAACUGUUGUGCAUACUUGGCUACUUUGAAGAAGUCAGAUGAAACUCCUAAAGAAGGGGUUUAAGAUGACAAGAAGAUUUGACAGGAAUGAAGUGCGUCUAAGGAUGGGCACUGGAGCUGAAGCUAUGGCAAUGGCUAUUGGAGACUUU